AUGAAUUCCGCUGGCAAUGAAGGUGUCCGUUUUGAAGGUUUAGAACAAGAAGUUCUCAUGAAUUUUUCUUCCGCUGGAAUUCAAGCUACUCUCAACAACCUGAGUAAGUGGCUGGUGGCUGUAGUUUUCGGUAUUAUGUUCCUUUGGAGGCAUGAUAUAGAAACAUUAUGGGCUUUUUGUGGUGUUGUUGUCAAUGGCCGUCUCUCAACUGUACUGAAGGGCAUACUUAACCAUGAACGCCCCGUUUUAUCAUUAAGAUCAGACCCUGGGAUGCCUUCUUCACAUGCCCAGUCCAUCUUCUACACAGUCACAUUCUGUAUCAUCUCAAUGGUUGAAUAUUUCGGGUGCAAUGGAAUUACUGCAGUCACUAGUGUGCUUAUUAUUGCAAUGGGCUCAUACUUUUCAUGGUUACGGGUUUCACAACGAUUUCACACGUUAAACCAAGUAGCAGUGGGUGCAGUACUAGGAUUCUGUUUUUCCAUUUUCUGGUUCUGGCUGUGGGAUGCCUUACUCAUCAAGGCAUUUAUAGCCCAUUUUUGGGUUCGGAUUGUGGCUGUUGUUGCUGCUGCUGGUUCUUGUGUUGGAUUCCUCCUAUACGUGGUUCGGAACUGGGUUCAUGACAACAAACAUUGA